CCCUCUCUCCCUGUGUUUCCUUCACAUCCACUCUCCCAUCCAAAUUCCCAAGCCCAUCUCUCUCUCUCUCUCUCUCUCUCUCUCUCUCUCCACUCCAGUCGAGGCACGGCCGGCUCCCCCCGCGUCGCCGGCGAGCAGGGCACGGGCGUGUCGCGCUCGCGGACGGCCUCCCCUCCCCUCCCCUCGUCCUAGCCUUCUCCUCCGUGCGGCGCACGGCCGGCGAGGCCACCCAGGGUUGGUGACCCAAGGGGGGCGAGAGCGCGGAGACGCGGCCCCCCCAUCCAUCUCCGUCUCCCCCGUCCGGAUCGAAUCCGAGGUCUAUAAAUGGCAGGAAGACACCGCAUACCUCGUGAAUACUAUGAUGAACGUCGAGGAUUUCGUGAUGGCCCCCCACCUCCACUUGCUCGAGCAAGGCCCAUCUCUCCACGUCGCUUGGAGGAGGAGCUGUCUAGCCGCCGUGCUGAGAUGCGCAGAAUCCAUGAUGACAAUCAGCGCCUAGCUGAUGAAAUUGUUGGUCUCAGGCAGGCAAUGCCUCGUCUGAAGGAAGAUCUCCAUGCCGCAAGUCAAGCUAUACCCAAGCUUCGUGCAGAAAAAGAACUUGAGUCAAGGGAGCUGACUCAGAGGAAUCUGAAGUUGGAAGCUGAACUACGUUCCUUAGAACCCCUCAGGCAAGAUGCCUUACAGCUACGGUCCGAGGCCGGGAAACUACAGUCAAUAAGGCAAGAGAUGACUGCAAAGGUGCAGGGGUUGUUAAAAGAGCUUGAGCAUCAGAAUUCUGAGAACCAGAAAAUACCUGUCAUGAUAGCUGAACGUGAUGCUCUUCGGCAGGAACUAGUCCGAAUGAGGGGAACCCUUGAGUACGAGAAGAAGGCAAGGCCUGAUCUGACAGCACAGGUGCAGGCAAUGGAGAAGGAUCUUGUUUCUAUGGCUCAGGAAUCUGAGAAGCUGAGGGCUGAGAUUAAGAAGAGAAAUGCACCCAGUUUCAGCGGCCAUGGAGCUUAUGGACCACCAAUGGCGACUCCAGGGAUGGGCCUGCAAGGCGUCUAUGAUGAUGGCUAUCCUUCCAUAGGCAGCCGCUAUGGCACUGGAUCUUGGGCACCACAUGAUCCCCAUGGUUAUCCACAACUGUGACUGGGCUUCUGAUCGUUCUUCCCUGGGCAGUGCUUUAUCUUCGUAAUAUCGCUUGAUGGUUGAUACUGAUCGUGACAAAGCUUUUCUCUUAGUAGAACUUGUGGUGCACAGUAGAUGGUCUUUUGGGGGUGCACUUCAAGUGUUGUUAGUUUAGCAUAUGUAGCAAUAUACCAGCUAUGGUUGCCUUGGUACCUCUCCAAAAAAUGUAAUCAAUGAUGACUGUAAGAGGGAAUUCAGUGCAACGAAGAAGAAAAAUAGGAACUUAAGCUUUACAAGAUGCAAGUUUGCGUAUGAAUAUAACAAGGUGGAAUCAGUCAGGGCUGGAUGUUGCUCAGAAGUUUGUCCCUACCAAAUUGCAAUAGCAAAAAUUACUUAUUCAUGAGCGAUAUCUGCAAUGCGCAGCAUCAUGAGCUGUGUUUCCUGAGCAGAUGCAUAUUAUUUGCUCCAGGAUAAUUAAUUUAAUUUUGUAAAUGAGUAUCUAUUCGCAACAAGCAGUGCAAAUUUAAAUGAUUCUGCUAUUA